CGACAACGACCAGCUCCCGUGGCUCGUUUAUGCAGCACCGUUUCAUUGUUCUUAUAAAAAUAAUCUCAACUUUAUUAUUUUUCUUAUAACAGACUAUCAUGUGGCUCAUCACCGGUCCAUUCGAUUGCGUUGAACAGGGGGAUACGACAACAACCAAAACAAAGCUACUCAAGCCUGGAAAAAAGUAUGGGCUCGGUCGUAAAGAUCGACCGCUGGUAGUGAAUAACAAAAAGGUUUCUCGUGAUGCUUGUGAGUUCAGAGUGGGCCCAGUAUACGCCGGAUGAUAUGGUCGAUCCAUCGUACAUUCCCACACUGGAGGUAGUCAAUAACAAGGACAAGAGCCUCAUGGUCAAACGACAAGGAGACGACGACGUGACCUGCAAUCCGUCAGCCUCUGUCACUCUCGAGGAUGGAGACCACAUUACAGUCCUUGCCGGUAUUGUGCUGGAAGUGCGAUGGCAACGAAUAGCAUGUUUUGUCCCACCAGUCAGAGGCAUGCCCUCAUUUUCUUCUGAAGACUGCGCUUCAAUCGGUAUCAACACACUUGCUUCGACGCACGAGCUUCUCACACAUCACCUCACAUCAAAGUAUGAAGUGACAACCCCAGUCAUGACCUCUCUGCUCUGCGCUGCUCAACUUGUCAAGCCCGAGUGGUUGCAAGAUCUUAUACGACUUGGCAGUACUCCUGUAGAAAACGACUCUUUCGGUUUGACUGUUCUCGAAAAGUCUUUCGUCCCGCCCCUUGAGAGCAAGUACCGUCCCGCUUUUGGACCCGCUCUCCCUCCUGUGCUUAAGAGCUUCAAGCACUGGGAGCCCAACGAAGAGAGGUUGAACCUACUGAGAGGCUUCCGCUUCAUUCUUCCCGCGGAGGACGGGGAAGUUGACCCAGAGCUGAGGGAGCUAGUCGUGAGGGGUGGCGCAGAAUAUGAAGGAUUCAAUCUGAAGGCGGGGCUCGGGAAGUGGAGGCAGGUAAUUGCUAAGGGAAAGAGGAAAGUAGAAGAGCUAAGAGGUGCGGGCAAGGGGCUUGUCGUACUGGCGAAGGAUAGUGUAAUACAGAGGGCUGUCGAAGAGGAGAAGUGGAAAGAAAUGGUUGCAGAUGCUGAAAGCCUGAGCGCGCAUGUCGUUCAGCUGGAGACAGUUCUCGAGGCUGUCAUCCACGUCGACGCGUCUCGCAUCGCAUCCUCCGCAAGCGGUUCACAAGAAUCGCCAAGUGACUCUUCUCCUUUGCCUUCUUUUGUUCCCAAUACACACCCCGACGAACCAUCUUUCCCAACAGGCUCAAACAAACACAUCUCCGUAGAUCAAGUCCAACGCGCAGCUUCCCCUGGAAGCCAAAGGCAGGAUGUCGGUAUGCGUUCACCUUCACCUCCCGCGGUUCCCGAGCCUCCACCAACGCAGCCGAAGCGAAAGCCUCUGGUGCGACGAUUGCCUCUAGUAAUGCCAGGUGAGGCAGAAGAAGGAUCCCUGAUGAACUUCUUCAAGCUCGAGUCAGACGUUGACAGUGAACCCAAGAAACCACCGUCGGGCGGUCGCCCGCGCUUGAAGCGCCGAUUCGGAUUGCCGGGACUCCCUGCGCCUCCCGAGAUCGAGGCCCCUGUUGUGGUCAUCGACGAUGUAGUCGAGGAAGAAGCCCCGCACAAGAAGUUCAAAGCUUUGUUUGAGGCGAGCGACCCAGCCAAGAUGCUUGUCGAAGGCUCGCAGGCUUUUGAUGCAGCCUACGAUAGUGCGGUGGGUACCCAAAAUGAGAGCGUCACACAAACAGGGCGAUCUCCUGCCUUAGCGCCACCAAAGCGAUUACCGGUUGUAGCAGAGGAAGAAGAGAGCUUGAGCGGGCCAUCGCAGCGCGCCAAGUCCGUCGCACUCGAGGGGGUGCCCCCGGUGGUGGAGGAUGCAGGGCCGUCGUCCCAGAUGCCAGCCACACAACCUAGGGCGAAGUCAAAGGCACCUCCGUCCCGCCAGCCGUCAGAACCACCUCGGACCACGACAAAGUCCAAGAAAGCCACUGAUGGCGGCAAGCACACGGUCGAUAAGGACGAGGCUUUCCUCACUGCUGUUGCUUCGACGAAGCGCGGGAAGAAGACCGAGGACGGAUUUGACCGCGAGUUCAAUAAGUUGCGGAUUUCGAAGCCGGAUCUGCAGCGCGAGGACCAGGCAUGGGCGGUGAUGGGGGACUUUGACAUCCCGAACGUCAGAGGGAACUUUAUGGUCGUCAUGGAUCUGGAUGUGUUCAAGAACUCGAACAGCCGUCGCGAGGUGGUUACGAAUGACUCUGCUUUCAUGAACCGACCGAACUUCAAGAAAUUUAAGAAGAAAUUGAAUGGAUUUUCUCGUGCACCGAUCGAACUCGUGGCUGAAGAGGAGAAUGACUAUGGCAUGGGUGCAGGUUACUGGAAAGACGCCGUUUCAGCCAAAGACUACACCAAGGACUCGCAGGCAACCGAAAAUGGGAUUCAACAAAGCAAAGGCAAGCGUCGUGCACUGGCUAUCGACUCUGAGGAGGAAGGCACCGAAUCACAAACUCUUGAAACCGUCAGACAACCCGUUCGCAAGCGAGCUCGUAUAAAGGAGAUGGAGAAGUUGUUCUUGGCUUCUGAUGAUGACGACGCCAAACACGACGCAGGCCUUGAAUCUUUCCAGGAACAACCUGCCAGAGCCUUCUACGCCUGCCCGUGCUCGAGCCAGUAAACGCAGGCGUGUGGUUGCUGAUGAUGAUUCUGAUGAUGGAGUCACAUUCAAAGGCUUCGGCAAGAAAAGAAGAACGAAAUAGUCCGCGUGAAGGUGCUGUCAGUGUCAUAAUAUCAUCUAGACUGCCUACUGCAAGAAAACAAAGCUGGUAGAUAUAUAUACAGAUCGUGCAGUUGAGGCUCAUCGUAAUUCGUCAUGAAUAGCGAAUCCA